AUGAUCACUAAUACUGAGUCUGAGAAUGGACAGACCCACCUACCAAGUUUUAGUGACAGCUACGUGUCUAUGGAAUUGGUGAAUCUGAAAGAUGUGGAUCAUGUAUCUAAUGAAGUUCUCCCUUUGCUACGCUGGUGCGGAUUGAGAACUCAAAACUAUCAAAUGGAUUCACUUGCAAUUGAUGAGAGCACUCGGCUCUUCCCACAAUCCCGGCAAGAGACCCCAAUUUGCGUUCCACUGUCCAUUCUCGAUUGCACGUCAGCUCGGUUUUCCUCUACAGGGUGUAUCUGGAUCUUCGACCAUCAUGAUGCCACACCCGACCAUCAUACCCUCGUUGAACGGCUUAGAGAUUCCUUCGUCGCUACCCUGAACGAGUUUCCUCAGUGGUCAGGCCAACUCCAAUGGACGCCAUUCAACCCAAGCGGCGGCUACAGGGAACGAUUCAACCGUAUUCAAUUGGUAUAUGGAUCCGUGGAUGACCCGGGAGUCGACUGGAGAACCACAUCCUAUUCAUCAGAGUCAACAGCCCAAUUUGCUCCCACGCCAUCAGAAAGAGUGUCGAAAAAAAUCUGGCGGGGAGAUAAUAAUUCUGAAUACUCGCGACUGGUUUCAGACUGUCCAUUGGCGCUUUCUGAUUUGAAGAGCUACGAAGGUCUACCGGGAAUGUCGGUUCAGGUCAGUCUCUUUGGCGACGGCGGAUAUGCGAUUGGAGUGAAGUUGGCUCAUGUUCUGGGCGAUGCACAAUCCCUGAUGGUUUUUGUUCAUAUGUGGGCGGCUAACAGCCGUGGUCUUCAUGGUUAUACCGGAAGCCCUUCACUGUUUCACUCUCCUAUUUUCGAUCCGGAGCAAUUAGAUAGCCAUGCGUCUGGUGACAUCAAUGGCUCCGGGAUCGACCACAACCUCGCAGCCGUCGCCAGAUCAUUACCUUUACAUCGGUACGAUUGCUGGGAAGUCGACGCCCCUGGUUUUCCAUCCUUUCUCGCAGAGACAGUACAGAAAACCAUGCCUCCGUCAACAUUUCUUGACAAUCUCAAGUUGUCGCCAACACAUUCAGGCCCAUGGUCUUCGUGGGACCCUUCCAGACCAGUCAGCUAUGCCCACAUCCAUUUCAGUGGAAAGACGCUAGCCAAAAUGCAGUCUUCGGCACAGCAUGAGAAGAGCGGAGCGUCAAUGCUGUCAAGGCUCGACAUGUUACUGGCCCAUCUAUGGUCUUCCAUCAAUCGGGCAAGAAGAAUGGAGCAAUCCUCAUCUGACGUAUUUCUCAAUCUCACACUAGGUGCCCGGGCCCGUGUAUCUCCUCCACUACCAGAUUCCUAUAUUGGAUCACCAUUGUUCCUAACACAUGUCAAGCGAUCCGGAUUAGAAACAUGUUCAGAAAGCGCAGGGAGCCUCGCUAGAUCUAUCCGCAAUACCAUUUCACUUUUUACUCCGGAAAAAGUGGGCGCAAUGCUGCAUGACGCAGCCCAUGAAGUCUCUCCAUUGCGGCUGUGGCAGGGCUUUGUAGGACAGCGGCAUGUCAUAGUAACCUCAUGGCUUCGGCUGCAUGUGUACCAGGUAGAUUUCGAAGGAACACCUACGCCUCCACGAUAUGUCCAUGCGAUUAUGCCAAAUAUCGAUGGCGUGCUUCAAGUUUUCGAUUCCGCGACUGACGAUGGAGGUAUGGACGUCGCGCUCUAUCUGGAGGCUGAAGCGAUGGACAAUCUACUUAGGGACAACAUAUUCCAGGCGUGGAACAACUAG